ACAGAGCGAGACUUUGUCUCAAAAAAAAAAAAAAAAAAGAGAGAGAGAGAGAGAGAGAAGUGGGUGUUCCCUGGAUUCCAGAGGUGUGUGAUGCUUGAACUUAAUAUUUAUAGGGCAAUUGUGGUCAGCUUUUCCUUUAGUGUUUUCAUAUACAUUAUCAUUUAAUUCACACAUGAGGCUUGCGAAGUACCUAUUAUUAUCCUCAAUUUACAGUGGAGAGAACUCAAGACCAGAGUGAAUUAGGGCCCACACCACUGCUCAGUAGGGGAGCUGUUCUGGCCUCUGCCUCUCUUCCCAGUACUCAGAGUGCCUCUUACUACAGCUGGCCCUACAGGGAAGGGAAAGACACUGAUCUGUCACUGCUAUCGAAUCCCCCAAAUUCCCUUCACCCGGUUCCUCGCACCCGGGGUAGCUGCCCUUUGGGGCGAAGGGCACAGGGGAAGGGGCCUUAGUAGGUUAAUUAUUAACCCUUUGCCCCUCAGGGCACCACGGGCUUCUCUCCCCUCCUGGAGGUGGAGGGACACUUACUGGCUAGGUAGGGGCUGGUAAGGGGGCGGUGGUCCCAGCAGCAGGCAUGGGGGUGGCGGUGCGGCCCCCUGCCCUGCGGCACUGGUUCAGCCACUCAGUUCCUCUCGCUAUCUUCGCGCUGCUGCUGCUUUAUCUCAGUGCUCGGAGCCUAGGUGAGCUGCCCCUUCCCUCACCUGCUCCGGGAGGAACCCCGGAGUCCAGGCCCUCAGGACUCAAGCCCCUUCCUCUAGCCCUCACCGCUCCGCUUCUCCUGUCCCCAGGCGCCCGCUCGGGCUGCGGACCCGGGGCUCAGGCCUGCGUUCCAUGGGCAACCGCGCCCUUCCAGGUCCGGCAGGAGUCGGGACCCCUGGAGGCCCCGGAGAGGAAACAGCUUCUGUGUCUGGCCCCUCGGGGGACGCUGGGCCGUAUGAUGAGGCCGUUCCACGCCAGUGUGAAACCCGAAAGGGAUGUGAGGCUGUCGCCGUACCUGGCGGGAUGGAGGGCACUCGUCGAGUGAGUGGUUCCUGACUUCCCUGGUUCAGUCUUCGCCUUCGCCACUAGGGAGGCCUUCACCAAGGUGACAGCCCUGGAGGCUCGGGUGCACGACCCGGACGCGGAGAACUACUCGUCGCUGGCGGCCAUGGCGGCGUGGGAGCGGCGGGCGGGACUGCUGGAGCAGCCGGGGGCGGCCCCCCGGGACCAGGCCCGGAGCUCGGGCUCUUGCACGCUGCUCCUGCUGCACCGUGCGCUGCGCUGGUCCCAGCUCUGCCUCCACUGGGAGGCAACCGGCGCGCUGGGAGGCCCGGACGCGGGAGUGCAGUGCAGCGACGCCUACCGCGCGGCCCUGGGUUCGCAUCACCGGCUGGUCUGUCAGGCCGCCCGCCUCGCCUUCCUCGCCUUCCCGGGUCGCCGCCGCCUGCUGGAGCUGGUGUGUCCUGGAACCACCCAGGCGGAGGCGCUGGCCGCGCUGGUCCGGGCCUCCGACACCCUGGAGGAUGUCUACAACCGCACCCAGAGCCUGCUGGCCGAGCGCGGCCUGCUCCAGCUGACCUAGGACAGCGGCUGCGGGGACCGGCGGGAACGGAGCGGAUCGCCCGGGGUAGGGCCGCGCAGCCCGGGGUCAGCCCCGCAGCCGGCGCCGCCUCCGUAUCCCGCCUCUUCCAUGACGUCGCGGCGGAGAGGGCUGCCCCGGCAGGGAACGGCGUUGAGCUCCCUCUGUCCGCAGUCUCGGAAAGACGGCAGGAGCUGUGAGGAAUAAAAAGUAUUUGGCAGCAUCGAUGUAGGGCGUUUUGUGUGAUGACGACAGGCGCUUAAGGGAAAUAAAAAACGAAUGUGAGAAGAUGUGUCAUCUCUGUUCCCGGCAGCCGAGAGACCCACGCUUCCCCGGCCUAUCGCAGUCACUCCCGUGGCUUUGGUUGCCAACCACACGCUGAGUCUCCAGCUCAGACUUCUCCCUGAGCUUCGCUCCUGUGCAGCCAAGUAUACAGCAAGCAUCCUGCACACUCCACAGACACUGCAAAUGCAACACGUCCAACACUAGUCCCACCACCAUCCCCCCAAGAACUGCACCUUCUCCUGUGUUCCCUGUCUCUGUGAACAAAUGGCACCCUCACGCUUCAGCUACCCAAGCGCAUGUGCGUCAUGCCUCACACCAAGCAACUGCUCAGCGCCACACGGCCACUCCCGCAGUGAACAUGAAAGACCCUGCCAUUUCAUACACUGAUAACUCCCAAAUCACCACUUCAAUCCACUUUCUCCCGGACUCCAGAAUCCUACAUAUACGAUUGCCUAUUAGGUAUUUCCCUUAGGAUGUCACUUAGUCAUAGCAAACCUACCAUGUCCAACACUAAGCUCCAAUACGCCCUCCCCACGAAAAUUCUCCCUCCAUAGUCUUUGCUGGCUCAGUGAAUGACACUUCCAUUCUUCCAGGUCCUCACACCAAAAACCUCAUCAUACAGAUCCUUCUGGGUAUUUUUGUUUGUUUGUUUGUUUGUUUGUUUUUUGAGACGUCCACUGCAUUGCAGCCUGCGCGAUGGGAGCGAGACUCCUCCUCAAAUAAAUAAAUAACAAUCAACA